AUGGCUCCAGUAACAGCCGAGGACUGCUCAUGUCGCGCGCUUCGAGGUCAAGCAGUAACGUUGAACCCGUCAAACGGAUCUGAUCCAACCAUGGCUUCGGUCAAGGACAUCGUCAAGGUCCCUAUCUUGGGCAAGGACAACUUGAUCCAGGUGGGAUACAACUUGCGUCAGCACCUCGUCGAGGAUAUCUUGGAGAACAUCAAGUCCUCGACCUACGUGAUCAUUACCGACACCAACCUUGCUCCUCGUUACCUCCCUUCUUUGGAGGAGGCCUUCAGGAAUGCCUCUCAGAAGUACACUCCGGCGCCGAGGCUCUUGACCUACACCAUCCCUCCCGGAGAGACUUCCAAGUCCCGUGCGACCAAGGCCGAGAUCGAGGACUGGCUCCUCUCUGAGGAAUGCACCAGGGACACCGUUAUUCUCGCUAUGGGAGGAGGUGUUAUUGGUGACAUGAUCGGUUACGUUGCUGCCACCUUCAUGCGCGGUGUCAGGUUCUGCCAGAUCCCUACCACUUUGCUGGCUAUGGUUGACUCUUCGAUCGGUGGAAAGACUGCUAUCGACACUCCCCUUGGCAAGAACCUCAUCGGAGCCUUCUGGCAGCCCGAACGUAUCUACAUCGACUUCUCUUUCUUGGAGACGCUCCCCGAGCGCGAGUUCAUCAACGGUAUGGCUGAGGUUAUCAAGACUGCUGCGAUCUGGAGCGAGGAGGACUUCAUCCGUUUGGAGGACAACAACGAGAUCGUCUUGAACGCUAUGCGCACUACAGGCCAGGCCGGUGCCUCCAAGUUCGCCGAGAUCAAGGAUCUCCUCCAGGCUAUCGUCCUUGGCUCCGUCCGCACUAAGGCUUACGUCGUCUCCGCUGACGAGCGUGAGGGGGGUCUACGUAACCUCCUCAACUUCGGUCACUCCAUUGGUCACGCUUACGAGGCUAUCCUCACUCCUCAGAUCCUUCACGGUGAGUGUGUUGCCAUCGGUAUGGUCAAGGAGGCUGAACUCGCCCGUUUCCUGGGUGUCCUCAAGCCUAUCGCUGUCGGACGUUUAACCAAAUGUUUGACCGCGUACGGCUUACCUAGCACCGUUGAGGACAAGCGCAUCAAGAAGCUUUCCGGCGGCAAGCACUGCCCCGUUGACCAGCUCCUCAAGAUCAUGGCUGUUGACAAGAAGAACGACGGUAAGAACAAGAAGAUCGUCCUCCUUUCCGGUAUUGGUAAGACCUACGAGAAGAAGGCAUCCACCGUCCAGGACGAUGUCAUCCGCAAGAUUUUGGCUGUCGACCUCGAGAUUGGACAGGUUUCUUCCAAGCUCGGUGAGAAGGAGACUGUUAUCACUCCUCCCGGAUCCAAGUCCAUCACGAACCGUGCCUUGGUUCUUGCUUCCCUUGCCAAGGGAACUUGCCGUCUCAAGAACAUGUUGGCCUCUGACGACACUCAGCACAUGUUGACUGCCAUGCAGUUGCUCGGUUCCGCCGAGUUCCAGUGGGAGAACGAGGGUGAGGUCUUGGUUGUGAACGGUGGUCUCCAGUCCCUCAAGGCCCCUGCACAGGAACUCUACCUUGGUAACGCCGGUACUGCAGCCCGUUUCUUGACCACUGUCUGCACGCUAGUCAACUCUGGCGAUGCUAAGCGUGAGGAGGUCGUUUUGACCGGUAACGCUCGUAUGAAGCAGAGACCUAUUGGUCCCCUCGUCGACUCCCUCCGCUCCAACGGUGCCCAGAUCGAGUACUUGGAGUCUGAGGGCUGCUUGCCUUUGCGCAUGAAGACCGAUGUCGGUCUCAAGGGUGGACGCAUCGAGCUCGCUGCUACUAUCUCCUCCCAGUACGUCUCCUCUUUGUUAAUGUGCGCUCCCUUCGCCAAGGAGCCCGUCACUCUCGCUCUUGUUGGUGGUCAGCCCAUCUCCCAGCUCUACAUUGAUAUGACCAUCUCCAUGAUGGCGUCUUUCGGAAUUCAUGUUACGCGCUCUAAGACCGAGGCCAACACCUACCACAUCCCUCUCGGAGAGUACGUUAACCCUGCUGAGUAUGUCAUCGAGUCCGACGCCUCCUCUGCUACUUACCCUCUCGCCAUCGCUGCCAUCACUGGUACCAAGUGCACUAUUCCCAACAUUGGCUCGGGAUCUUUGCAGGGUGACGCCCGCUUCGCCGUCGAUGUGUUGAUGCCCAUGGGUUGUACCGUCGAGCAGACCCUUACCAGCACUACUGUUCAGGGUCCUCCUGUCGGCACCCUCCAGCCCUUGCCUCACGUUGACAUGGAGCCUAUGACCGAUGCUUUCUUGACUGCAUCCGUCCUCGCUGCCGUCGCUCAGGGUCGCAACGGCGCUGACAACACUACCAACAUCACUGGUAUUGCCAACCAGCGUGUGAAGGAGUGCAACCGUAUUGCUGCCAUGAUUCACGAGCUCGCCAAGUUCGGUGUUGUCUGUAACGAGUUGCCUGACGGUAUCUCUAUCAACGGUAUCAACUACAAGAACUUGAAGAAGCCUACUGGCGGUGUCUUCUGCUACGACGACCACCGUGUUGCUAUGUCUUUCUCUGUCUUGUCUAUCAUCGCUUCCGAGCCUGUCUUGUUGCUCGACAAGCAGUGUGUCGGUAAGACCUGGCCUUACUGGUGGGAUGUCCUCGAGAACAACUUCGUGGUUCCUAUCAAGGGUGUCGAGAUCAAGCCUUCUUCUCACAAGUCCACCUCUGUUCAGGUUGACAAGGACUCUAGUGUUGUCCUUAUCGGAAUGAGGGGUGCGGGUAAGACCACUAUGGGUGUUCUUGCCGCCAACAUCUUGCACCGUCCCUUCGUCGACCUUGACCAGUACAUGGAGGAGAUUACCGGCAAGACCAUCCCUCAGAUCAUUGAGGAGGUCGGAUGGGAAGGUUUCAGGAAGAAGGAAACGGAGAUUCUCGAGGAGUUCUUGAGGACUAAGCCUAGGGGUUACGUCGCGGCUUGUGGCGGUGGUGUUGUUGAAACUUCGGAAAACAGAGAUAUCCUCAAUGCCUACAUCAAGGAUGGCGGUAUCGUUGUUCACAUUCACCGUAACAUUGAUGCCGUCAUUCAAUACCUUAACAUCGAUAAGACCAGACCGGCUUUCGUCGAUGAUCUCAUGGGUGUCUGGCUCAGGCGCAAGCCAUUCUUCAAGGAGUGCAGUUCCUUCCAGUACUACAGUCCCUCGGCACGUAUCGACCAGUCUUCUGAGUCCUCGUCCGCUUCUUUCCGCAACAUCUCUAUUGACUUCGCUCGCUUCCUGAGAAAUAUCUCUGGCGAGGGUCGCUUCCACGAGGCAUUGAUGCGCAAGCAGCGAUCAUCUUUCGUGUCUCUUACCUUCCCGGAUGUCCGUGGAGCUCUGAGCACUCUGUCGAAGGUUACCGAAGGAUCCGAUGCUGUUGAGCUCCGUGUUGAUCUCCUCCGCGAGGAAGGGCAACCCGCUGCGUACCCAUCGCUCGACUACGUUGCCGAGCAGUUGUCGGUCCUCCGUGAGUGGACCCCGCUGCCUAUCGUUUUCACUAUUCGCACUGCUCCUCAGGGUGGUCAGUUCCCCGCUACCGCAGAAGAUGUUGCGCUCCAGUACAUGUUGAGUGCCAUCAGCUGGGGUGUUGAGUACGUCGAUCUCGAACUUGGCUGGUCCAAGGAGACUCUGCAGAAGGUUGUUAAGAGCAAGGGAUCCUCGAAGAUCAUCACCUCUUGGCACGACUGGUCUGGUGCCCAGCCAUGGUCAAGCCCCAUGUGGACCCAGAAGUACAAGCUCGGCCGCGAGUACGGUGACAUCGUCAAGCUCAUCAACAAGGCCGAUACCAUCGAGGACAACUUCAGGCUCGAGCAGUUCCGCAGGGAUGUUACUGCCGCUGAGCCCGGACCCCUGAUCGCCAUCAACAUGGGCCGCGUCGGUCAGCUUUCGCGUGUCUUGAACCCUGUCAUGACUCCCGUUACUCACCCGGCUUUGCCCUUCAAGGCUGCUCCUGGUCAGUUGUCUGUCGUGGAAAUCAACCAGGGAUUGACCAUCUCCGGUCUUCUCGCCCCCAAGACCUUUCACUUGUUCGGAACCCCGAUCUCGCACUCUAGGUCCCCUGCACUUCACAACAGCUCCUUCCAGGCUCUCGGACUUCCCCACAAGUACGAGCUCUACGAGACUGCUGAUGUCCAGGCUUUGCAGAACGUGAUCCGCGGCGAGGACUUCGGUGGUGCUUCCGUGACCAUCCCUCACAAGCUUUCCAUCAUGCCUUUGUUGGACGAGAUCUCCCUCGAUGCCCAGACCAUCGGUGCUGUCAACACCAUCAUUCCUCAGGUUAGGGAUGGUAAGACCGUCUUGAUUGGUGACAACACUGACUGGAUCGGUAUCCGCGAGUCCAUCUCUCGCGCUAUCGCUCCCGUCCUUCCUCAAGGCUCUGCUUUCGUCAUCGGUGCUGGUGGUACGUCCCGUGCUGCCAUCUUCGCUCUCAAGCAGAUGGGCUUCUCCACCAUCUGCCUCGCGAACCGCACCUCCGACAAGUUGGCCACCAUCGUUCAGUCCUUCCCCGCCGACUUCAACUUGAUCCCCGUUGCUUCCCAGGCCGAGGCUGCCGAGGCAUUCAAGAAGAACGGCGCACCUAUGGUUGUUGUGGCUACUGUUCCCGCUGACAUUCCCAUGGCGGAGAACUUGACUGGUAUCGUUAACGAGAUCCUUGCUAACGGUGCUGAGACCAAGACCAAGGUUCUGCUUGACUUGGCUUACAAGCCCUUGGUUACCCCUCUCAUGCGGCGGGCUGAGAAGGCUGGAUGGAAGGCUGUGCAGGGUCUUGAUGUGUUGUUGGAGCAGGGAGUCGAGCAGUUCCGUCUGUGGACCGGCAUGAACGCACCCUACGAGGUCGCUUCCAAGGCCGUCUUCGGUGAGCAGUAA